UUCUCGUCCUUGAUUGUAUACAUACUGUGGAUCUAUCUUUCUCCGGCGAUGCCUUUUAGAAAGUUGAUCCUUCUUCUUAGAUUGAAUUAGGGUUUGAAGUUUUCGUUUGAUUAGGGUUCUUGUGUUAUUUCAUUUUAUGUUGGCAAUCGUUCGGUUUUCCCCCAUACUUUGUGUUUUUGUUAGUUAAGCAGUGGAUCUGUCCAUUACCAUGAGGACUUAUCCGAUUUCCCAUACCCUUGUUCAUGUGAUGAUGUUGUUUUGAAUUUUAUUCAAUUCUGUGAAGAUCUCUUUGUUUCUUGCUGGAUCUACGAUCUAUCUAUGUUACAUAUUGAAAUGAGCCGUCCACACGAUGGGAAUUCACCUUUCUUUCCUUUUGGAAACCCUUUUCGGAUGAUAUUUCCAAAGGGAUCUUACCUGUCUCCAAGGUUUCUGGCACUGUUAAAUUCCUUUGAAGAAACAUUGGCGGAGAGACUGAAAAAGCUCAAGCCGAAGGACCAUGGUGACAUUCUUAGCUUAUCAUGGAUGAGUUUAGCAAUGCAAUUACUUUCUGAGACGCAUACAGACAUCAAAACCCUGGUUACUGAUCUUCAGUUUCCUGUUUCUGAUUGGGAUGAUAAGUGGAUGGAUGUUUACUUGGACAACAGCAUCAAGUUACUUGACAUUUGUAUUGCUUUUAGUUCUGAGCUCUCCCGACUUAAUCAAGGACAGCUCUUGCUUCAAUGUGUCCUGCAUGUAUUGGAUGUAUCUAGUACUUUCCCAUCCAAGGAACAGCUCAUGCGUGCCCAUUCUUCUAUUAGUGAUUGGAUGCAAAGAAUACACUUGAGAAGCCCAAAACUUGAAAAUUGUGCUGUUAUUUUACAUGAGCUUGCUGAAUCUCUUCACCUGCCUAAGAUUAAGAACUCAGCCAAAGGAAAGGUUUUGAUGCGGGCCAUGUAUGGGGUCAGGAUAGAGACGAUAUUUGUUUGUAGCGUCUUCACAGCAGCUUUCUCAGGAUCUGCGAAACCAUUAGUAGAUUUGCAUGUUUCUGACAAGUUCUUGUGGGCAGAGGUGUUCAAUGAAUUGCAAGGUGAUGUAAAUGGGGGUAUAAGUAACUUGUUUUCCAAGGAAGGUAUCACGAUUUUGAAAGAUCUGGAAGCAGUUGAAACAAGUGUGAAGCACUUGUAUCAAAUGACUAGUGCAGAUGGUCUUACAGAAACAGAUAAAUUGCGCAAUUCGGUUUUGGAUUUGGCAAAAUGUGCAGAUGGUCUUUCGCAAGGGCUAGAUCUUCUUUCAAAAGAAGUAGAAUGCUACUUUCAGAAUGUUUUAACAGGCCGUGAUGCUUUUCUUUGUAACCUAAGAGUAGGUGGUACCGAGUCUGAGCCACAAAGACAAGAAAAUAGUGUUGAAGAGCAGGUUGUGAGAUAAUCUGAGGAAGCUAGCAUCUCUUUCUACACCACAUGUAAUGUAAUGUAGCAUUAUCUGUUUUCUGAUUGCUUGUUAUAUGUAUGUAAUAUACGAGUUUUUUAGUGAAUCAAAUACCAAAGCUUUUGUACUGUUUGCGUA